GGCGGCGGUCGCUCGGCGCCAUGGACACGCUGGGCAGGAAGGUCGUGGUGUGCGACAACGGCACCGGGUUUGUGAAAUGUGGCUAUGCAGGCUCAAACUUUCCAGAGCACAUUUUUCCAGCUUUGGUUGGAAGACCUAUUAUAAGAUCAACUGCUAAAGUGGGAAACAUUGAAAUCAAGAAUAACAAAAAGAUGGACCUCAUGGUUGGUGAUGAAGCAAGUGAAUUACGCUCAAUGCUGGAAGUUAAUUAUCCAAUGGAGAAUGGCAUAGUUCGGAACUGGGAUGAUAUGAAGCACCUUUGGGAUUACACGUUUGGACCAGAAAAACUUAAUAUUGACACAAAAAAUUGUAAAAUAUUACUCACAGAACCACCCAUGAAUCCAACUAAGAACAGAGAGAAGAUUGUGGAGGUUAUGUUUGAGACAUACCAGUUUUCUGGGGUAUAUGUAGCCAUUCAGGCUGUUCUUACUUUGUAUGCUCAAGGGUUGUUGACUGGUGUUGUGGUGGACUCUGGAGAUGGCGUAACUCAUAUUUGUCCAGUUUAUGAAGGUUUUUCUCUCCCUCAUCUCACCAGACGGUUAGACAUUGCUGGGAGGGAUAUUACUAGGUAUCUUAUUAAGCUCCUCCUGCUGCGAGGUUACGCUUUCAACCAUUCCGCUGACUUCGAGACCGUGCGUAUGAUCAAGGAGAAGCUCUGCUACGUGGGCUACAACAUCGAACAGGAGCAGAAACUGGCACUAGAGACCACAGUACUAGUGGAAUCCUACACGCUCCCAGAUGGCAGGAUUAUCAAAGUUGGUGGCGAACGGUUUGAGGCACCAGAGGCCCUCUUCCAGCCUCACUUAAUCAACGUGGAGGGCGUUGGUGUGGCCGAAUUGCUGUUCAACACCAUCCAGGCGGCUGACAUUGAUACCAGGUCUGAAUUCUAUAAGCACAUUGUGCUGUCCGGAGGCUCCACCAUGUAUCCCGGGCUGCCCUCGCGACUGGAACGGGAACUCAAACAGCUCUACCUGGAACGGGUCCUCAAAGGAGACGUGGAGAAGCUCUCGAAAUUUAAGAUCCGCAUCGAAGACCCCCCUCGUCGGAAGCACAUGGUGUUCCUGGGCGGCGCGGUCCUGGCGGACAUCAUGAAAGACAAGGACAACUUCUGGAUGACCCGACAAGAGUACCAGGAGAAGGGCGUGCGUGUGCUGGAGAAGCUCGGCGUGACUGUUCGAUAGACCCCACGCUCCUUCCCAUCACACGGCUCGGGCUGCUUCUCCCUUUCAUUGCCAAUCUCUGAACUCACUCGGCUACACGCUAAGGAAAGGCCUGCCCGUGGCCUUUGGCCCAAAGGGCAGCRUUUGGGCUGGUUUCUUGGGGUGGCUUUUGUUAAAUGUCUCUUAAUGUGGCGAAAUUUGACGAUUAAAUUUGACCACUUCCCGGCAAACAAAACGGAGCAAGAGCAGCCUGUCUACUUCAUUGUUCCUCCCCAGUAGGCAGCUGGGCGCUUCUGGUGGGCUUCCUCUUCGGGGUUUAUUGCUGUAGUACCGCUGGCUUUUGUCUCUAGCUCACAGGGGUUGUGUGCCUUUUUUUUUUUUCUCAUUUUUUUAGCAUAAGAAAACCUUAAAACAGCAGCUUUUGCCAUUGGGUCAUUGUGGUGGUUGUCUCCGCAUCUCUCUGCCUCUCUCUAACGAUCUUUUUUCUUCCGUGCAAUUAGGAAUUUUGAUUAAACAGAGUUAGAAACUAGCUUAAUUAGCUGGAGUGGCUUCAACGCGGUUUCAGGGCGCCGGGCUUCCCUACGCGCUGCUGCCGAAAGUGGCUUCGGAGGUGCUGGAUCGGAAUCCGUCAAGGGGCCGGGAUUGGAUCCUGCAUCCCGCAGCUGGGCGGGCACGCGGCUGCCACGGCCUGCAGCCGUCCCACGCUCUGGCACGUGCCAAGCUGUGGCCUUCGGGGUCCGCUUUGGGGAGGAAAGGCUUGGAGAGGUUUGUGCCGCGUUGCUUUUSCGCCCACAAACUGUUAGGGGUCGGGCUGACCACAAACGGCCCCGUUUUUGUAGCUGCAUUUGGUACCCUCUGGUCUCAGCACAGGGAACAAGGAUGUUUUAUUAACUCUCCCGUAACUGCUGGGCUUCAAAGACCUGGUGGAGAAACUUGGCUGUGCUGGGACAGGAGCCUCUCGGCUUCCGAGGAGACUUUAAUGCUUCCAGAAAUGCCCGUGAAAACUGUAAGUACGGAUACCAAAAUCCCCCAAACUGAAGUUGCAAAAGCCUGAUGUUUCAAGUGCUUGUAUGCCCAUCAGAAGCACUUCUAUUAAACUUCA